AAGAGGAGGAGCUGAGAGAGACACGGUCACGUCAGCUGAGCUCCAGCUCCUUCACCAUUUCCUGUAGUGUGGAUUGACUGUCAGUAACAAUCAGCCACUUCUCUGUGAGAGUGAAGGACCUGCGCUCCUCUUCACGAUGCUCUGCAGGUCGUCCCAUUGCUGCUGGCUUUUAGCCAUGAUGUUCGCAUCAUUUGCAGUGUGCAAAGCUCAGCCAUGUGAGAACAUCACCGAUCUCGACCUCAAACACUCCAUCAUUGGAUCGACUCUCCAAGUCCGGCUUCUGCUCUACACUCGGGUUAAUGCCAACUGUGGCCACCUGCUCAACUCAGAAGACCCCUUCAGUGAGCCUUUACUGAACGUGACUCGUCCCACCAUCUUCAUCAUCCACGGCUACCGGCCCACCGGCUCUCCACCGAUCUGGAUGAACUGGGUGGUGGAGGCCAUCCUGACUCGUGAAGACGUCAACAUCAUCGUGGUGGACUGGAACCGAGGGGCCACCAACAUCAACUACCUGAAAGUGGUGGAGAACACACGGCAAGUGGCCGAAAUCCUGACCGACUUCAUCCGGAAGCUGCAGGAUAAAGAUGUGUCUCUCAGCUCCAUCCACAUGAUUGGAGUGAGUCUGGGGGCUCAUAUCUCAGGAUUCACUGGGGCUAAAUUUAACGGCAGCAUCGGCAGAAUCACAGCUCUGGACCCUGCAGGCCCGUCCUUCACGGGGAAGCCUCCAGAAGACCGCCUGGACCAGACUGACGCUCAGUUCGUAGAUGUUCUGCACACAGACAUGGACUCUCUUGGGUUUCGGAAACCACUGGGCCACAUUGACUUCUACGCGAAUGGCGGAGCGGAUCAGCCGGGCUGUCCAAAAACCAUCUUCUCAGGUUCAAAAUAUUUUAAGUGUGACCACCAGAGGUCAGUGUUCCUCUUUCUUGGCUCUCUGAACAAGACCUGCCCCAUCACCGCCUAUCCCUGCUCCAAUUACUCUGACUUCUUAGACGGGAAGUGUUUGAACUGUACGCAGUUCGGGUCAGCCGGUUGUCCAGUCUUUGGUUAUGAUGUGAUUAAGUGGAAGGAGUCGCUGGUGAAGAUGGACCAGACGAUGACAUAUUUUACUACAAAUAAAGAAAUUCCAUUCUGCAAAACUGGUUACAAGGUUGAUAUUUUGACCUGGAACUCAGAAGCACGAUGGGGCUACAUAAGCAUCACUUUACGAAAAGGAGACCAGGAGACAAUGGCUGAAAUCGAUCACAAGCCUUAUAAAUUUGAGCAGUACACUGAGACCAGCCUGCUGGCGCAGUUCAACAGAGAUGUCCAGCCUGCUGAGAAAAUCACUCUGAAAUACAGAACAGGGAACGUGUUUGGACCUCGAUAUAAACUCCGCGUUCUCCGCAUACGCCUCACUCCUCUCCGCCUGGAGCCCAAACUGGGACCCGUGUGUCGCUUUGACCUUCUACUGUUGGAGAACAAAGAAGUGACCUUCAGGCCGAUUCCAUGUGAGAACUCCAACUUCUGACCGGAACACUAAACACGGACAGUUUCUGUUUCUGUUUCUGUAGAGACUCUAAGCUCUUCAGCUACUGAGGAGCUUCAUAAAACUUCACGGAUUCAGAAGGAAAACCGAGUAUUCCACUUUUUGUUCCUCUGGUUCGGAGGCUGUGAUUCAUUCUGAAGCUAUAUCUUUUAUAUUCACUCCUGAUCCUUUAAAGCUAAUGUAAAUAAACCUUUCUUUGUAUUUCUAUUUUCCUCCAGCUUUAUAUUUGGCAGGUGAGUUUAUCAGGGUGCAGGUAGCAUUUCAUUCUGACCACCUCCUUGUUUCUAUGCUCAUUGUCCAUUUUAUCAGCUCCACUUACUA